AUGGUCAAACCUCAGAUAUACCAAUUGUCGGUGGCCGCCGCAUUUGACGGUUUGAGCCCACAGGAAAAGCUCUAUGCUCACCACAUGGCGAAGGCUGCCUGGAAUGGCACGCGAAUCAUUCUCGGUCAAGUAUCUCCAGAGGCUAAUGGUAUUUUCGACUUUAUAAUGGCCCUUUACCAUAGCUGUGACGGGAUUUGGGAACAACUUGCCAUCGAAACUGGGGUCGGUGUUCAAGAACUGGAGAAUUUCCUGGAAUAUGCCGCUACAUUCCUAUCCAAUGUUGGCAAUUACUUUGGCUCCGGUGACCAGAAUUUUACGCCUGAUGUAUCCGAGGAGGCUCUUACCUCUCUAGCAUCAGUAUCUUCGUCGGCGAGUAGAAUACUAGGGCAGAUCAAAGACCCAAUGAUCAGCCCUCUUCCGAGCAGUUUAGGCCACCCUGGACCGUAUACCCAGUCAUCAUAUUAUUUGGGUGAGGACUGCCUUAAGUCUUCAGAAGAUAUUGCCACGAUAUCAAAUCUCAUGGGGGAUCAAUUAAUCUUGCCUGAAAAUACUCGACUAAAGGCAUAUCAAGAUUCUGAUACUCGUUUCUAUGAUAUCAUGCAAGCAUCUGUGGCAGAGGACAAGGUGGCAUUGGAAGGAUUUGCCAUCCCAUACGCAUCAAAUGCUGCUCAAGUGGAAAUGUUGCGGCAGAUAAUUGAUAGCUUCCAGACUGGAAGCCUCGAAGCAUACCGCGAAUCACUGAGGAUAUGGGUGAAUGACAAGGCCCCUCCUGUUGAAACAGUCAUAGGCUUUGUCGAGCCAUAUCGCGAUCCAUUAUGUAUUCGUGCAGAGUUUGAAGGGAGAGUCGGAAUACCGGAUGCUGCCGAAACCAAGAUAUUGAAUACACUCGCAAGCAAAGCGAAACAAUUGGUCUACAAACUUCCCUGGGUUGAAGGUACCGGUGACAGCAAGGGCCCUUACGAAAAGGAAUUAUUUGAGCCACCUGAUUUCUCAAGCAUCAACAGUCUGGUAUACUGCUCGAGUAUCAUUUUCCCAGGAAUCAACCUUUCAAACUAUAAUGACAUUCGACAAGAUACAGGUUACAAGAACAUCAUCUUCAGUAACCGCAUGGUGUCUGAGAGUAGUCGAUCUCGCGGUUUACACAUGGUGGACGCAUCAGAACAAGAUACUUUCAAGAAGCAUCGAUUCCAUGCCUACUACAUCUGGGUCGUGCUGCAUGAGAUCCUCGGACAUGGCACGGGAAGAUACUUGACUGAAUCUUCUGAUGGUGGUCUCAAUUUCGACAUUGGAAAUUUGCCCCUGGAUCCCUUUACUGGAAAACCCGUAGAAAGCUUGUAUCGGGCUGGGCAAACAUGGACGGGGGUGUUCAAUGACCUUGCAACAACAGUGGAUGAAUGCAGAGCAGAACUCGUCGGCGCUUAUUUGAUCGACGAUCUAGAAAUUCUGAGCAUUUUUGGCUACACAGGCCAAAGCGAGGUCAAGCCUGACGACAUCGCCUACAACAUGUAUCUUCAGCUGGGCGUCGAUGGACUUCGAGGCCUUGAGAAUUACGAUCCCACGACCGAAAAAUGGGGACAAGCACAUAGUCGAGCACACUAUGCCAUGUUUCGGCACCUCCUCCGCGACAGUGACGGUCUCUAUAGCAUUACGAGCAAUCUGGAUAAAAAUAGCUUGACGGUCAAAGUUGACCGAUCGCGAGUAAUCUCUCAUGGCAAACCAUCACUGGGUCGCAUGCUCCUGAAACUUCAUAUCUAUCGUUGCACCGCUGACGUCUUCAACUGUCGCCGUUUCUAUGAGGAUUUAUCGCAUGUUAACGAACAAGCUCUGGAAUGGAGAGAUAUUGUUGUCUCCAAGAAAGAUCCUCCUCUGGUGUUUAGCCAGGCCAAUACUUACCUUGUCGGUGAUGAUGUAAAGAUAAAGGAAUACGAACCCACAGCUCGAGGAGUUGUGCAAAGCUGGGCGGAAAGAAGUAUCGAAUAG